AUGAAAGCACGCACCCAGCCCCAAGGCAGGGGGCUGCAGGAGCGAGGCGGUACAGGAACUGGCUGCGCUAGCCUGAGGGUCCCCAGGAAGUGCCUGGCCACGCGCUGUGAGCGAGACCAAGGUGCCAAGGGGGCAGAGGCGUGGUGGUGCCGGCAGAAGGGAGGCCAGCGGACGCCGGCGCGGGCGGCCGAUGGGGGGCGCCGUCGCGAGAGGAGCAUCGCGGCGCUGUCGCUGCUACUCCGGAAUGGAGCCCCGGUGCAGGCCGCCGGCCCGCAGGCAGGGCCCCCCGGGCCCCGGGGCGGCUGGCCUUCCAGUGCUGCUGCUGCUGCUGCUGCUGCUGGUGUCGCCGAGGCCGACGGUGUUACCUGUCCCUCAGACGAGCCUCGCCUCCCUCACCAGGCCCCCACUGACCCGUCGCAGCGCACGACCCUCCAGACCCAGACCGUGUCUGUUUCUAACGGUGACAUCAGCUUUCUCACCUGCGGCUCCUCGCAUGAGCAGGACCCCACCCUCAGGGACCCAGACGCCGUGGCUCGGCGGUGGCCAUGGAUGGUCAGCGUGCAGGCCAAUGGCACACAUGUCUGCGCAGGCACCCUCAUUUCCUCCCGGUGGGUGCUGACGGCGGCCCACUGCCUGAUCCAGCAUAACUUUACCUAUUCCGUGCGGGUGGGGAGCCCAAGGAUUGACCAGGUAUCUCCGACUACCUCUGACGUCCCGGCAUACCAGGUUAUCUUGAACAAACGGUACCGGUCCCAUCGGUACUGGUCCUGGGUGGGCCGGGCCCAUGACAUUGCCCUCCUCAAGCUCGUGUGGCCACUCAAGUACAACAAGUAUGUCUGGCCCAUCUGCCUGCCCGGCUUGGACUACGAGGUGAAGGACGGCUCCCUCUGCACUGUAACAGGCUGGGGACUCCCCAGGUUUGACGGCGUGUGGCCCCAGUUCCGGACCAUUCAGGAGAAGGGAGUCACCAUCCUGAGCAGCAAGGAAUGUGACAAGUUAUACCACAGGAUCUCCAAAGUCCCCUCUCUGGUUCGGGUGGUGGACUCCCGGAUGGUCUGUGCGGAGGACUUGGACAGGGAGCACUUCUGCUACGAGAUAAGUGGUGAGCCCUUGGCCUGUUCUGUGGACACCACGUGGUACCUGGUGGGACUGGUGAGCUGGGGCCCAGGCUGCCGGAAGAGCGAGGCGCCGCCCAUCUACCUGCAGGUCACCUCCUACCAGCGCUGGAUCUGGGAACGCAUCAGUGGGCAGGCCCUGCCAGCCCCAUCCAGGGCCCUGCUCCUGGUGCUACCACUGCCCCUCAGCCUCCUUGCUGCCCUCUGACAGCCUCGUGCUGUCCCCCCGGGGGGCCAUCCUCACCCUCUGUGCCCAGAAUGCUGCAGGUGUAGCUCUCCUCACCCGGCAGGGCAGGGCAGAGAUGAGGUGCUCAAUUAAACGCUUCUCUUCCCCAA